AUGGAAAGGAAAACAACCAAUCAAACAGUGCCUGUGUUGAGAGGUCUGGGAGAGGAGCCUCCUUGGCCGCAGCCGAGUCUGGGAGAGGAGCCUCCUUGGCCGCAAGCAGAGUCUGGGAGAGGAGCCUCCUUGGCCGCAAGCAGAGUCUGGGAGAGGAGCCUCCUUGGCCGCAAGCAGAGUCUGGGAGAGGAGCCUCCUUGGCCGCAAGCAGAGUCUGGGAGAGGAGCCUCCUUGGCCGCAAGCAGAGUCUGGGAGAGGAGCCUCCUUGGCCGCAAGCAGAGUCUGGGAGAGGAGCCUCCUUGGCCGCAAGCAGAGUCUGGGAGAGGAGCCUCCUUGGCCGCAAGCAGAGUCUGGGAGAGGAGCCUCCUUGGCCGCAAGCAGAGUCUGGGAGAGGAGCCUCCUUGGCCGCAAGCAGAGUCUGGGAGAGGAGCCUCCUUGGCCGCAAGCAGAGUCUGGGAGAGGAGCCUCCUUGGCCGCAAGCAGAGUCUGAUAGAAACGCCAGGUCCUCCCGACUGGCGCAGCGGUCUAAGACACUGCAUCGCAGUACUAGAGGCGUCACUACAGACCUGGGUUCGAUCGCAGGCUGUGUCGCAAUCGGCAGCGACCGGGACACCCAUGAGGCGGCGCACAAUUGGCCCAGCGUCGUCCGGGUUAGGGGAGGGUUUGGCCGGCCGGGAUGUCGUUGUCCCAUCGCGCUGUAGCAACUCCUGUGGCAGGUGCCUGGCGCAUGCACACUGACACGGUUGCCAGUUGUACGGUGUUUCCUCAGACACAUUGGAGCAGCUGGCUUCCGGGUUAAAGCGAGCGGUGUGGCUUGGCUUGGUCGUGUUUCGGAGGACGCAUGACUCUUGACCUUCGCCUCUCCCGAGUCUGUACGGGACAAGACUGUAACUACCAAUUAGGGGAGAGAAAGGGGUAGAAAAGUACAACAACAAACAAACAAAAAUAGAAAUGCCAUUCAAACUUUAAAAUGUGUAGACUGAUCUGGAUUAAGUUGCUUAUGUUCAACUUUUUGAAAAUUAUUGAUACUUUUUAUAUAAAAUGUUAUUUUUUUUUAAUUUUUUUUUGUCCUCCGACUUUAAAGUGAUUUUCUUCAACAUUCUAAAAAGGUCCCAUUGUGACAUCAUGAUUUCCAACAUUCCUUUGACUGUGAAUGCAACAAUGUAGCUUUUGACACAAAUCAACUACAUUGACCCAAACUUUUAGUUUAUGAAAUCUUUACUUCUCUGCUAUUCAAAUUCUGAAAUCACAACAAAAAUAUAUUUUUUACCAAUCUGACGAUACAGCUGUUUUAGUAACCGCACCAACUACAUUUUCGUACUUUUUAAUUUUUUUUAUAAACAACUCAAAUGUUGAUCCCGACAAUUUAGAGAAACUUGGCGCGAAUGAAAUCUGUGUCUACUUCUCUGUUAUUUAAAUCAGAAAUUAUAACACUUCUUCCACUAAAACAAAAUACUUUUAAAGAGCGUUAGCAAGGCACACAAUUUUACUAAAUGUAAAUCAUUGAUACUAACUUUACUAAACGUAAAAUUAUAAUCUAGUUAUUUUAGCUAAUCUUUGGAAUGUUACUCCCUUUGCACAGUUCAAACUUUAAAAAUGUUGAGACUGGGUCUGGCUUAAGUUGCUUGUAUACAACUUCUUGAAAUCUUUUUAUACUUUUUUUAACUAUUAGGUGUGUUUUGUCCUUUUAUAUCCUUUAUCUACUUUAAAGGGAUUCUCUUCAACAUUCUUAAUGGUUCCAUUGUUUUAAAAACUCCCAGAUUGCCAACAUUCUAUUCACUGUAAACAAGAACCUUUGCCACAAAUCAGCUACUUUGACCACUUUCCCAACAAAUUAGACAAAAAGUUAGAGCGUAUGAAAUCUUCCUCUACUUCUGUAAUAUUUCAAUAUGAAGUCAGAACAGAAAUUAUUUCUAGCAAUGAAGAGGUGCAGCUAGUUUUAGUUAGCGCAUCAACUUCACUCAUUUUAAGCUAACUUCCUGAUGUUGAAUUAACCAGGUUUUCAUCCAAUGUUUUUAUGCUAGUAAAGUACAUGUCGGAUAAAACAUUUCACGACAGGCUUGAAGGAAAUGGCAGAUUUGCUGUAUUUUUUGUGUGUUAUUUCUUAUAUUAUUUGCUUAGAACGUUUCUUGUAUUAUUGGCAGUCACUCACCAGAAAUUCGACUUCCCAGACCUGGAUCCUUUGUUUGAACGUCCCGAGGGAGCUCUAUUCAUCCCGGGGGCUGCACCAAAACGCUGACGGCGGAGAAGCAAUGUGCAAACCAUCCACCGCUUCCGAGUAUAUUACUCGCUAACGUUGGCUAGGAAAAAAAAAAUCCCUAGAAAGGCAGG